AUGUCCAAGCGCAAACAACAACAAGAUUCUUCCAAUCCCAACGCUAGCGGUUCAGAUUCGGACUCAUCCGACGUCUCCUUUGUCGACGUCGACUUCGAGUUCUUUGAUCCCAACCCUAAAAUCGACUAUCAUGCAUUCAAACGGCUCUUUACCCAACUCUUCCAGACAGACGCAGAGCAGUUUGACCUCUCUGCACUUGUAGAGCUCGUCCUUUCUCAAUCGUCUAUCGGAACGACGAUAAAAACAGACGGGGAAGAAAGCGAUCCAUACGCCCUUUUGACUGUGCUGAAUAUGCACAUCCACCAAAAUCAUUCGUCAAUCGCAGCUCUUGCCUCGUAUUUUCUCGACAAAACGGCGCCGGACCAGACCUUCAACGCAGAGUUAAGAAGGAUUUUCGCGGGGUCAAAUACCCACGUCGGGUUGAUACUUUGCGAGCGACUUAUCAAUAUGCCGGUGCAAACGAUACCGCCCAUGUACCGCAUGUUGUCAGAGGAGCUCAAAUCGGCAUUGUCAGAGUCCCAACCAUUCGCAUUUACCCACCUUCUCUUCGUGUCUCGAGCAUACCAUCUUUCUGAUGCGGAGGAAGAGGCGCUCGCCAAUCGCGCACCAUCACACAAGUCGAAAAAGCCUAAAAAGGCAAAGCCACAGCAACCUGCAAUGCAGGCACGGCCUAUGGACGGCGUAUAUUCGUUCCACCCAGAGGACACGACGAUUCAAGAGUAUGCAUUGCAUUCAAUAACUUAUCCGUUCUCGACAUCUGCAGAGACUCGAGAUGCGGAGUCGUUUGGAUUGGAUGUUCGUGGUCGAUUGAUGUUGGUAGAAGCCAGUCGAUGGGAGGAGCUUGUCGCGAAGAUGAGCGAGGUGUACCUCGGACACUUUGAAAUGACUCGACUGAUAACAACUGCGGCGCGACCACGUGCAUCUUACCGUCAGCUUAUAAAGCCAAAACGACGCGAUACUCCUCUCAUGUCGAUCCCAGAAUCCAAGCCAGUCAUAACACUCACUACACUCGACCCUGCUCUUCCAGAGCACCUAUCACUCAUCCCGGCUAUUGUUGAUAUCCACAUCGCGUGCAUUCAGACCUCCAACACCAUCGCGACUUUCUCUCCUCCAUUAGACCGACAAAGGAUGGUGAAAUGGUGGGCAGGGAUGGUAGAGGACACAAGGACCGGCAGUCGUAUCAUAUUUCUCGCAUUCGUGACAACACCUGGCUCACAAAGCCCGUCUUUGGCUGGCUAUGUCAUUCUGUACCGCCCAAGAUGGGAGACGGGCCCUUUCCGCGGUGUCGUGGAGAAACUCCUUGUCUCGCCAUCGUUUCGGCGUCUAGACAUCGCGACAAGGUUGAUGGCAAAACUCGAAGCGGAUGCCAAAGUGCUUGGACAAACCCUCCUAACGCUCGAUACCGAGACCGGGAGCCCCGCUGAAUUGAUCUAUCCUAAACUGGGAUACAACCUCCUUGGUGUCAUCCCUGACUAUGGCAUCAGCCCGCUCGAUAAAAGUCUCAAGGCAGGAACCUUUUUCUGGAAGCAGUUGUAG